AUGAAGUAUUUCCCUGUUUUUUGCUUGGCUGCAAAGGCCGCGGCAAGUUGCGCCGACGGAAAUAAUGGUGGCUGUUCCCACUACUGUAAUGGACACACCAACGUCUGCGAAUGCCCUUCCUGUUGGAUUUUGAAGGAUGACGGGGUCACUUGCACUCCCGAUCCGGCGAAGAUGGCGAUCACUUGCGAUCAGACUGGGAUGGCGCUGGAACUCGACUUGUGCAUCUACACUGGCGACCCAAGCGAUUCGAUCACCCUUGCUUUCGACCAGCAAAACUGCACUUCUCAACGAGACUUCGACAACGAUAAGUUCUUGAUUGAAACUCCACUUGAUGGCUGCGCGACGACGACUUCUACUGAAGGUGACGAUAUUGUCUUCAAGAAUACCAUCAGCGUUCUUUCUCGACACAACAACUAUGGAAUCGACCUCAAUUCCGAUGUCAACAUCGAAGCUCAGUGCCGAUUCUCUGCUUUCGUCUCUGAAGUCACCUCUGGAAACUACACCAAUUCUCCAGCGGUGCAAGAAGUUGGCUCAUCUGGAAUGGGAACAUUCGAAUUCAACGCCGACUUUUUCACCGACGACGAUUUUAGCCAGGAAGUCGACUCUACAGACGUCCAAGUCGUCGGAGAAGAAGUUUUCUUUGGAAUGUCGCUGGCUACUCCCAUUGACGGAAUUUCCUUCACCGUUGAUAGCUGCCAAGUCCAAGGGCCAAGCUACGACACCACCGCUUCUUUCGACGUGUUCAAAGAUGGCUGCGCCAAUUCUGUGGUCAACAACGACGCGGUCGCCCAAGAAUUCGAAGUGACCGACCAAUUCAAGCUCUCUUACCACGCUUUCCAAUUCUCUGGAAACGAAAAUCGCGAAACAACGGAGAUGAAGAUGUACAGCGAUGUGGAAAUGAUGAAACCAGGGCUGACGGCGCUUGAAUUCGGCGAUCGAACAUAUGUUUUCUCGUUGGACACGGGCUUGUUUACGCUUGGCGCGCCCAGAAAGGACGAGGGAGGCGCCCCAGCACCCGAAGAACAGUACUUUCUAUCGAAAAUAUCAAACACGAAGAUCGCCUUGAAAUCUGGCUACGGAAAGUAUCUCGGCGUGGACAAGCAAGGCCUCGUCAUCGGCAGAUCGGAUGCAAUUACCCCGCUGGAGCAAUUUGAACCAGUUUGGCAAAAAGUCGAUGGAAAAGAAAAAUGCGCCCUGAUCGCCUCGAAUGGCUGCUUUAUUGAGUUCAACGAAGAGGGCGAUCUAGUUGCGACGAAGCGAAAUGCAGAAGAGGGAAACUACCUGAGCAUCCGCACGAACAUUCCCAAGCCCGAAGUAAACGUCGUUCCUUUCGAAGAACAAGGCGACGCGGCCGAUGUCGAGCUCAAAAUCGCCAAGAAGUAUCAACACUGGCAAGAUAUGAAAAUGAAGAUCAACAAGAACGACAUCAAAGAGGUCGAAAUCGCGAAGAAAAAAGGACGGCUCCACGCUUGUCUGCUAGACAGACGCGCCGCCAUGAAAUCUGAUAAAUACUGCAAAUAA